AUGCUUAUUCAUGUGCUCUUGGGGACAGCUCUGGGCUACGUGAUCUGGACCCUGUUCUGUCUCGAGUCCAACGUCCAGAAAGCGCGAUGUAUGAAGGUGCCCGUCGUCCGAAUCCCCAUUGAUCCCAACAGUAUUCUCUGGGUCAUUAUCCAGCCUUUGGUAUGGAAACUCUUGGGAUUCUUGUCGAUUCCAUGGAGCUCAUACCCGGACUUUGUGCGGUUCUCUCAUCGGAACUGGCAUUUUCUUGAGAAGAGCAGCCCAGGACGCCGGUUUGGGCCCGUAUGGGCUCUCGUCUCGCCAGGAGGUAUACACUUGCAUUUCUCAGAUCCGGACGCGAUUCAGGAGAUACUCGCACGAUGGCGCGACUUUGUGCGCCCAGUGGAGAAAUACCAAGUUCUUGCCGUAUUUGGACAUUCUAUUCUCACAGUCAAGUUGGAGGAUUGGCCGCGUCAUCGCAAAGCUGUCUCCAUACCUUUCAACCAGGCGAAUACGAAGUUCAUAUGGCAUGAGACUUUGCGCCAAGCCCAGUCUAUCGCACGCUACUGGGAGUCCCAAGCUCCGGGUGACAUACCAGAUGUGCAGCAAGAUCUACGGACGCUGUCCAUGAACGUGCUCGCAGCAGUGGCAUUCCAUGAACCUUACGACUUCAUAGGUUCAGUGAAGUUGAAAGAUAGAAAGUUCAGCACGGAAAGCUACAGAGACUGUCUCUACAUUGUGCACAAAUACCUCAUCUUUCUUAUGCUGGUGCCCUACCGCUUCCUUAAUGGUAGAUUUGUUCCGCGGAGUUGGGUUGAGAUUGGACAAGCAGCUGCGUCUAUGAAGAGUUCUAUGCUCAAUGUCGUGAACAAGGAGUCCAAGGCCCUUAGUGAAGGAAAAGCACAACACGAUGGGAUCAUACCGGCUCUCGUGCGCGCCCUUGACCAAAGUGAUUCGCAGCAAGGAGAAGACGCAGGAGACACGGUCAAAAAGGCGCCCAAACGGAGUCAGCUUUCCAUCGACGAGAUACUCGGCAACGUCUUCGUGAUGAAUAUCGCAGGUCACGACACUACUGCCAAUACUCUAGGCUUCAUCGUGAUGCGUCUGGCUGCGAACCCUGAUGUCCAGGACUGGCUCCGCGAAGAGCUUACAACUGUGAUUGGAGACAGAAAAGUGGAGGAUUGGGAUUACUCUCUUUUCCAUGAUCUCAAACGCUGCCAGGCAGUGCUUUACGAGACGCUAAGGCUCUACGCUCCGAUCACAGGAUUGCCUAAGAUCGCCUCUAAAACUAUUGAGUCGUUCAAUGCGGGGGGAGAUCAGGUGCUCACUAUUCCUGCGGGCACUGAGGUUUUCCCCAUGUUACUGGGCAUCCAGACAGAGUUGGGAUACUGGGAUGACCCAUAUACAUGGCGCCCAUCGCGCUGGAUUUUGCCAUCCGAUACUAUGACUCCUGGUCAUUCUGAUGGGAAAUCCGAACAGCUAUUCGUGCCACGGAAGGGGACAUAUUUCCCGUGGUCGGAGGGCCCGCAGAACUGCAUCGGCAUGAAGUUCUCACAGGCCGAGGUGGUGGCUUUUAUAGCGUGUUUAUUCAAAGAGCAUCGCGUGCGUCCGAGGUUGGGGAAAGGCGAGACCGAAGUCGACGCUAGGAAACGGGCACAGAACUGUGCGGAUGAUGUUAACUACGAUAUGUUGUUGAAGAUGAGCAACCCGUCCCGCGUGAAGCUGGUCUGUCAGAGGGUUUAG